GUUCAGUUAAUCGCGUUUACACGUGUAAAAUCACUGUCCGCGCCAGGAAGGAAGAUAGCCUAUUAGCACGUGUUAGUUAUGGGCCUGGCGAUAGGCUCUUCUCGCUUAAGGCUUCCCCCACCUCUGAGAGAGGAGAAGUAACUCCCAUUUUGCAGGGACUCUAUUAGGGACCUUGGAAGUGCUGCCAACAUGUCUGAUGUACAAGAAGCCACUAACCAACUCCUGGAUGUGACCCUUCAUGAGAGUCAGAGCUCAGUCCAGGAGACAGAAAGUGGUUCCAAGAGUGAGUCAGAGCAUCUCCAAGUCACUAUUGGAGCGACUGUACCAACUGGCUUUGAGCAAACAGCUGCAGAUGAAGUGAGAGAGAAAUUGGGAUCAUCAUGCAAAAUCAGCAAAGACCGGGGCAAGAUCUACUUUAACAUUUCAGUGGAAAGUCUGGCUCAGGUUCAUUGUCUGAGAUCAGUUGAUAACUUAUUUGUGGUUGUUCAGGAAUUUAAAGAUUACCAGUUCAAGGAAACAAAGGAAGAAGUUCUAAAAGAUUUCGAAGAGUUGGCUGGGAAACUUCCAUGGUCAGAUCCUUUAAAAGUAUGGAAAAUUAAUACGAGUUUCAAGAAAAAAAAAAUUAAGCGUAAAAAGAUAAAUCAAAAUUCAAAUAAAGGGAAGACUGGUAAUGGACAAGGAGACAAAAUAGAUGAGAGAGGUGUUAAAAAAGAGUUUACUAACAAUUCCUUAGAUUCACGUAUCUUAGACUAUUAUGAAAAUCCAGCCCUCAAAGAAGAGGUAUCAACGCUAGUAGGUGAUGAUUUGGCAUCUUGCAAAGAUGAGACUGAUGAAAGCUCAAAAGAAGAAGCUGAUCCUGAAGUGCUAAAGUUUAGAGUCACAUGCAACAGGGCCGGAGAGAAGCAUUGCUUUACCUCAAAUGAGGCUGCAAGAGAUUUUGGGGGUGCUGUUCAAGAUUAUUUUAAGUGGAAGGCUGACAUGACCAACUUUGAUGUAGAGGUUCUUCUGAACAUCCACGAUAAUGAAAUCAUUGUGGGCAUUGCAUUGACAGAGGAGAGUCUCCACCGAAGGAAUAUCACGCAUUUUGGUCCAACAACACUUCGAUCUACCCUAGCCUAUGGGAUGCUGAGGCUCUGUGUACCUCAACCUACUGAUAUCAUAGUUGAUCCAAUGUGUGGAACAGGGGCAAUCCCAAUAGAGGGGGCUACUGAGUGGUCCAACUGUUACCAUAUUGCUGGUGAUAAUAAUCCAUUGGCUGUGAAUAGGGCAGCAAAUAACAUCUCCUCCCUACUGACCAAGAGCCAAGUUAAAGAAGGCAAACUCUCCUGGGGCUUGCCCAUAGACGCUGUUCAGUGGGAUAUCUGCAAUCUGCCACUGAGAACUGGCUCUGUGGAUAUUAUUGUAACGGACAUGCCAUUUGGGAAAAGGAUGGGCUCCAAGAAGAGAAACUGGAACCUCUAUCCAGCUUGCCUGCGGGAGAUGGGCCGUGUCUGUAGACCUGGGACAGGCCGCGCUGUCCUACUGACUCAGGACAAGAAAUGCUUCACCAAGGCAUUAUCUGGAAUGGGACAUGUGUGGCGGAAGGUGCAUACUGUCUGGGUAAACAUAGGGGGUCUGCAUGCUGCAGUUUAUCUUCUGAAACGUACACCUCAAGCUUUUGUUCAUCCUUCAGAACAAGAUGGAGAAAGAAUUCCUUGGUAAUGCAGAGAAUGAAGAUGAUUAAUAUAUUUGUGCUUCCAGACACUGGAAAUGUCGGCAUGAAGAACUUGCUUUUGAGAGAAAAGUAGUAACCCAAGUGCAGUUUGCACGGUUUAAUCUGAUCGAAAGCUCUUCAGCUUCCUGGUUAUCAAAAGAUGUGAAUGUAAUGUGAUGCAGCUGAAAAAGUCUUAAGAGGAAGCAGAGCUGUUCUUCAGAGCGGUUUUGAAGUAGCUGGGCUAUUAGUACUUUCCUUAAAAUGCUUUAAAGAUGCCUAGUGAAAAGCCUAUUAAAAUGCUCUGGUUUAAAACACUAUUUUCAGGCUUUAUUGAAGCUCCUGUUUUCCAUUGUAGCAGGUGAAACGAUGGCCUGACCUGAUGGAAAAGCAGAGAACAGAAUCAGAGCAUCUGGGGUCACAUCUCAUUGCCUAUGCAGCCUUGCUAGUUAAUAGUUCUUGUUUCCUCAAACUUAAAAAGUGAAGCAUCAUUCCAUUUUGUGAAGUGUUUGCCCCAGUGACAAGACCAAACCUCACAAGACCUAUAGGAAAGUUACCAUCUGCCUUAAAUAUGCAUGUUACUCAAGUCAAUAUAAAACUAAAAAAGCAAAGGAAUUGCAGAUAAUGAGCUGUUAAAAUAGGGUAUUUCUGUAAGUAGCAGCACACACAGGAAUAGAUGGACUAUGGGACCAAAUUUAAGAUGACCUUAUUCUUUUCAGUAUAAAGAAUGGUGUUGCCUUUCAAAGUCAAAUUUAAACCUGUCUCAGUAUUGGUUUCGUGAAAGAACUAGAGAACUUAUGUAUGUUUGAAUUAAAAACUUUGUGUCAAUUCUUUUAUGUUUUUC